AUGGGGAAAAUGGGAUCUUCAUCAGUGACUUCUCUUGUGGUCACUCUCCUAGUGGCUAUAGUUUCUCUCAGUUUGCCAUCAGAAACCUCAGCAAACUACCCUUACUCAUCUCCUCCACCACCAGCUUCUCCUCCCUACCAUUACAAGUCACCACCUCCUCCUUCUCCUACUCCUCCAGUGCACUAUUCACCACCUAAGCAUCCCUACCAUUACAAGUCACCUCCUCCUCCAGUGCACUACUCACCACCUAAGCAUCCCUACCACUACAAAUCCCCACCACCUCCUCCUCCUCCAGUACACUCACCUCCUCCACCAAAGGCGCCUUACUACUACAAAUCCCCACCACCACCACCCAAGAAGCCUUACCACUACAAAUCUCCCCCACCACCACCAAAGAAACCUUACCACUACUCAUCUCCUCCUCCUCCUCCUCCACACAAGAAGCCGUACCACCCAGUGCAUUCACCACCACCACCAAAGAAACCUUACCACUACAAGUCUCCUCCUCCUCCUCCUCCACACAAGAAGCCGUACCACCCAGUGCAUUCACCACCACCACCAAAGAAACCUUACCACUACAAGUCUCCCCCACCACCCUCACCCUCACCACCUAAGCAUCCUUACCACUACAAAUCUCCACCACCACCCUCACCAUCACCCCCUAAGCACCCUUACCACUACAAGUCUCCCCCACCACCAUCACCUUCACCACCUAAGCACCCCUACCACUACAAGUCUCCUCCACCACCCUCACCGUCACCACCUAAGCAUCCCUACCACUACAAAUCUCCACCACCACCCUCACCAUCACCCCCUAAGCACCCGUACCACUACAAGUCUCCCCCACCACCAUCACCUUCACCACCUAAGCACCCCUACCACUACAAGUCUCCUCCACCACCCUCACCAUCACCACCUAAGCAUCCCUACCACUACAAAUCUCCACCACCACCCUCACCAUCACCCCCUAAGCACCCUUACCACUACAAGUCUCCCCCACCACCAUCACCUUCACCACCUAAGCACCCCUACCACUACAAGUCUCCACCACCACCAUCACCUUCACCACCUAAGCACCCCUACCACUACAAGUCUCCCCCACCACCAUCACCUUCACCACCUAAGCACCCAUACCACUACAAGUCUCCCCCACCACCAUCACCACCCAAGAAGCCUUACCAUUACAAGUCUCCACCACCACCACCUUCUCCUACUCCUCCAGUCUACUCACCACCCAAGCAUCCUUACCACUACAAGUCUCCACCACCACCAUCACCACCCAAGAAGCCUUACCACUACAAGUCUCCCCCACCACCCACACCAGUCUACAAGCCACCAGUUUACUCACCACCCCCACCACCUAAGAAACCAUACAAGCCACCAACUCCUCCAGUUCACACCGCACCACCACCACCCUUACAUCUACUCAUCACCCCCACCUCCUCACCACUACUAGAUAAUGAGAGCUAG